AUGUCACUUCAAUCAUUGCAAGCAGAAUUCGACAAUCGUUGUUGGGACACAGGACCACCAAAAGAACUAUCAUUUCUUACUUUAUCGUUUUCAUUUUUUUUCACACUACUCAACAUCCCGGGAAAUACUCUAGUGAUCAUUGUUGUCGCAAAGGAUCCCCAUAGGAAUCUUCGUACCCCCUUUAACUACUUAAUGUGUAACCUGGCCUUGGCGGAUCUCAUUGUGGGUUUAAUAUGUGACCCGAUUUCAGUUUAUAUUCACUGGAAAGAAGUUACGGAUUCAGAGGUAACCGAACAGGACUAUCAGGUAAAUCAUCUGUCCUAUUUCAUCUCCUGUACAGCGUCGGUCCUCAGUCUUGCUGCAGUAGCUAUAGAACGAUACCUCGCUAUCAGAGACCCGCAUAACUACAGGAGCAAAUGUACCGGAAAAAGAAUCCUACUCACAAUCGCCGGUAUUUGGCUUUUCUCCCUUAGCCUACCGUGGAUUUACUUAAAUGUCGGGUUUAUUGCAUACGCUUUUAUAUUUGCCAACUCUGCAGUUGCAGUUGCAGUCUUCAUAAGUUGCUUCACUUACGGCCUUUUUCUGAGGGCUUUUAAAAAGCGCUCAAGAAAUAGCGAGGAACAUCCGGCGGAAGACGAUAAUCAUCGACAACCCAACGAUCAAAAUGAAGACACGCUAUCAAGAAGAAACGCAAACACACGUAGAGAAAAGGCAGAGCAACUGGAACAGAGAAUAACAAAAAUGUUUUUAGUUGUACUCUUGGCUUUAUUAUGCUGCUACGUCCCUUCAACUGUGCUCAUUUAUGCAUUGGGAUUUUGCAAAUCAUGCAGCUGCGAAACUCUCCAUUGGUUCAAAGAUUUACAGCAUCUGUUUGUGCUAGCUAACUCAAGCGUCAACUUCUUCUGCUACGCAUUUAGAUCACCGAGAUUUCUCAGCGCAUUUAAAACUAUGCUUAAAUGCAGGAGAGGAAAUGUCUCACAGGAAGGAGUUGCAUGAUGGGAAGAUAACAUUGACAACAGUUGGAUCGUUUUCAGAAUUCGAACAAAUUCCGUCACGCCCAAAAUUGAAAAUCCGUUUCAAAUAAAAACACUUACAAUAAUCAAAACAAUGUCGUGAACACGUCAAAGUGGCUGAUGUAGUAUAAAAUUUAAAAUAUAUUUCUAAAAUAGCUUGUUUCUAUCGGAUGGCAAACAGCCUUAAGCCGCGG